AAAAACACACACCAAGGCCCUAACUGUGAGUCUGGCCAUUCCUUAAAUACAACCCCUGCAAUCAGCUGCAGGUGUUUGGCUGAUUGCAGGGGUGAGUCUCUGAUUGCUGAGAGCACCCGCUGGCCAGCCCUGGUACUGCAGCCCACAAGGCUGGUGAGUCCCACCAUUAUUGGCAAGUCCAUUCCUGACAGAAGUAGCAGGCUUCAGGAACACAGGCGAGUGAGCUUCUGGCUGCUGAGAGCACCCACUGGUCAGUCCUGGUACUGCAGCCCACACGGCAGGUGAGUCCCACCACCAGUGCUGAGUCCAUUCCUGACA